CAAAACGUAUUUACAAAUUUCAUUCCUCUGCUGCGCUCAGCACCUUUCGCACGAUUAUUACUUUGUUCACUGUUUCUUGUGGUACUUACUACCUAUUUAUAGAAGUUGUUUAUAGCAGCCAGUUUUCUCCAUAUUUGAUUUGGGUUUGAAUAAAACAUGUUCCUUUUAGUGAGACAAACUUGUGCUUUCGCAACUCGAACCCUUAAGCCUUUACGCCUGACGGAAGGCUUAUCGGUUGCAAACCUUGGUCGCGCUGUUAUCACAGGCAGUGGUAUUAGUGGAUUUGCCUUUACCGGGCAAAGUUCUAAAAUGUCUAAUAUCAACUAUCUAUCCGGCGUCAAUGACUUGGAGUGCACCGCUGGAACAAUGAAUGAAGUGAAACAAGUAAUCAUAGAAAAGCUAGGUAUCGAAGUCGGAUACACACCGUUUGUCAGUACUCGGGAGCAUCUGGCUAAAUAUGCUCCAACAUCUGUUGAUCAAUUGCCAGCGAGAUCGAUGCAGGAUUCGUUCACCUCAGCAAUUAUUCCAUUGACGAGCGAUAAAAUACUCAAGGACAAAUAUGUAGGAUUCAUGGGAAAUGUUCGUUUAGGUCGUUUGAUGGAGGAUAUGGACAUGUUCGCAGUAUGGGUUGUACAUAAGCAUUUGUUAUUGCCCGAUCUUCCAGAGGGGGUCGCAAUGCCAUACACCUUUGUAACUGUAUUAGUUGACAAGGUAGACUUCACCGAUUUGGUUCCAACGCAUGAUGCAGACAUACGUCUGUCUGGUCAUGUAAGUUGGGUUGGAAAAACUUCAGUCGAAGUAGUUGUAUGGAUGGAGCAGAAGUUACAUGGGAAAUGGCGCAAACUUACUAGAGCACUUUUCUUGAUGGCAGCUAGGGAUGCGACUAACACAAAGGCAGCUCUGAUCAAUCCAUUGGCCCCGGCAAACGAAGAAGAGCAAACUAUCUUUAAUGGAGGAGAAUCUCGCAAGAAACGAAGAAUUCAGCUUCAAAAAGAAGAUCUGCUUAAAACUGAACCGAACGACUUUGAACAAGGCUUGGUUCAUGACCUUUUUGUUAAGUCUAUUGACACAAAAAGUCGUGCUUUCAAUAAGCGAAUACUGCCGCCAGGAUACGUCUGGAUGGAAGAUACAACAAUGUCCAAUAUUGUAUUUUCUCAUCCGGAGGAUCGUAACGCACAUAACAAAGUUUUUGGUGGGUUCCUGAUGCGAAACGCGUUGGAGCUAAGCUGGGCUUUGGCAUACAAUUUUGCCAAGCGCCGCCCUAAGUUGGAACACGUUUCAGAUAUUAGUUUCCAUCAUCCGGUGGAUGUUUCUUCUAUGUUAAAUAUGCAAGCUCACGUGAUUUAUACCGAUCUUCAUUACAUGGAAAUUGUAGUAUUAGCGGAUGUUCACGAUGCAGUAACUGGACAGCAGACAACAACGAAUUCGUUCUACUACACAUAUUCUGUUGCUGAGAGACUGCCGGGCAUAAUGCCCAAGACUUAUCACGAAGCAAUGUACUAUCUUGAUGGACGUCGAAAGUUCCGUUAUUGUAUGGGAAUCGACACGCCACAGACUACAUCCCGUCAGCCCAGCGAGAAGAGCAAAUUGUAGAUGUGCUAAUGAAUUGAUACUACUUAAAAAUUAAUCGGAGAAUUGUUAAAGUUGCUAAAUGUUUUUUUGAUUUAUUUAUUUAUUAAAUUUACGAUGCUAUAAGAGUAUUAAAAAACUUCUACACACUUCCUUUAUCGAUAACAACAAAAAUUCGUCGGUGCAUGUCGGAUUUCUACACCACAUCCUCAAACAGUUCGUUUUUCAUCCUAGCGACAUUUUUAUUCAGGAAGGAGAACAAUAGGACUUUGAAUCUGCGCUACGUUUAUAGGCGAGACCAAGCACCACAUAUCGCUGCCCUCGCGUCAUAGGGGCAUCAUAUUCAACUUUUAUUUGAAAACGUACUACAAAGUUUUUGUUUAUGUCUUAGGAUUUCAGCGUGUUUCAAAGUUUUGAUUGGGAUCCUGUUCUGAGCAAACCAUGCUGCCGCACUCAGUGGCACGACGAGUGACAAAACCCCAAAAAUCAAUGUCUUAAUGCUCUUACGAAUAUUUAUUUAACCCUUAAAUGCAUACUGUUGCCAUUUGGCAACAUAUCGAAUUUUAUGAUAUAAAGCCUCAACAAAAGGUAUAGAUCGUAUCCAUCCAGAAAAAUUAGUACCAAAGAAAAAUGAAAUUUAUACAUAUAAGGAUUAAUUUUUCUUUAAGUUUAGUUUCUCAAAGUUUUACGAUAGUCGGUAGAAAAAUGAAAUUUUAUCAUGUUUAAGCGUCGAGCAUUUUGGCCCAAAUCAAUUCAUAUGAAUUUUUCAUACCAUCGAACUUCAAAUGGCGAUAUCUCUAUAACUACAUGACCGAUUGGAGUAGUUUUGAGUUCUUCAGAAAGAGGCAUGAUCGUAUUAAACAAGAGACUUAAGCUUUUUGGGCUCUACCCAUUUGAAAGCUACAUGAAAACAACCAAUAUAUCGAACUAUUUCAGACCCUUCGGUUGAAUAGUAUUUUGAUUGUUUUCGUAUAGCUUACAGUAGUGGUUUACAAUAUCGAAAACUAUCGCAUGUUGGAAGAUUUUUGUUAACUACAUUUCGCUUUAAAAUGAUACUUAGAAUUAUAUUCUGUAAUAA